AUGGCCGCCGAGUACAGCAGCAGCAACUCUCCAAAUCUGCAAAACUCAACCAUCAGUUAUUCUCCUUCACUGCAACCCUCCUCUCUGAGUCACGAUGGUAGCAACUAUCCUAUUAACCCACCCCAGGAUAAUCCUACGCAAUAUGCAGUUAACGACCCAAACAAUCCGGCGGUAGUAUACGCCCUUGGUCCAGAUGGGAAUCCAGACCCAAAUAACCCUGUAGUAUAUACAGUCGAUGAGAAUGGUAACCCAGUGAUGGGAGUUCCGGUAAUGAAUUUCGACAAUAAUCCUCCAGUCACGAUGGCUAGUGUACCUCCACCACCGCCACAGAAAUUUCGCAUGACCAAGGAAAUCUAUAUUGCAAUCUUUGCAUUCAUACUUGUUAUAGUCGGCGCUAUAUUGUUGGGAGUGUCAAAGUCGUCAUUUGCCAGUUGUAUCAAAAACUGCAUCAUCAACUCUUACACGGAUUACUCAUACGAUUACUAUUAUACUGAUUAUUCUUCGGAGUUACAAUGUUAUGAUAAAUGCAAGAGUACAUAUAACGCACUCAAAGGUAGUGGCAUCGCUUUAUUGGUUAUUGGAGCGGCCUUACUACUGGGAGAUGGCGCUUUCGCGUAUAAUCUAAUGCAGCAGCAGAUGAAUCAACAACAACAGCCAAUGCAGCAAAUGCAAAUGCAAAUGUAA